AUGCAUCCACCGAAAUCUGCAUCACCCGUGCUGCUGCUUAUUGUGCUGUCGUGCACGUUCUACGGCCCAAGUGAUGGAACACUGCCAGGACCACCAGUACCUAACCGGAUUGGUCGUGAGCGGGGAAAUAUCCUGAAAAACCUCACUGGCACGCAGGAGUACGAGAACCAUAUCGUUACGAGCCGGUUGGAUGCAUCCGAGCCGGUUCGCAUGAUGUACCGAGGGAUUCGCGAAGUGUACAACCGGUUACUGGGACCCACAGGGAUGCGUGACGAGGGAGUAUCCUUGCAAGCUCGCGUGCCAUCGAAUGUGCCCUUUCCGUGUGACGUACGAGGGUUUAGAAGUCCAAGAACCCCGACCAGUGUGCAUCAGCUACGUCCCGGUGAUUUCGAUGUAGUAGCAGCUCUUGGGGACUCGUUGACCAGCGCAACCGGGGCUAAUUCGCGCGUGUUCUGGGAGUUGCUGAUCGAUAACCGAGGCUUGUCGUGGUGCAUCGGAGGUCAAGGCAAUUGGCGGACACAUUUGACGUUGCCGAACAUCCUGAAAGAGUUCAACCCUCGCUUGUUCGGGUAUUCCUUUGCGGACUCGUACAAUGUGCACCUUCCGUCUCAGUUUAAUGUGGCGGAGAUUAUUGCAACCACAAGCGAUAUGCCGUAUAAUGCGGCCUCGCUGGUGGAGCGAAUGAAGGCUGAUCCACGCGUUGAUUGGAAAAACCACUGGAAGCUGCUCACCGUCAUGAUUGGUGGGAACGAUUUCUGUUCGGACGUGUGCUAUCAAACGAAUGCCACCGAGUGGAUCAAUCGUGAUCAAGAGAAGUAUCUCAUGACCACGCUUUAUUACCUCAAGAAGGCAAUGCCAAGGACCCUUGUGAAUCUCGUGCCAUCACCCCUUAUCAACCUGUCGUUUUCGAUCGACAAAGUGCAAGCUCCACUGACGUGUCAAUUUGUGCGCCCGAUCGAGUGCUCAUGUCUGUAUGGACCGAAGUACUCCACGCGGCGGAAUCUUUUCCGUCAGUUGGAGCGACGAUUCGUGAAGAUUAUGGAACGAGUUAGUCAUCGACCGGAAUUCCACAGUGACGAGUUCACCGUCGUCUAUCAGCCGUUCUAUCGGGACGCGAGUGUAUUUUACCGGCGCGACGGUAAACCAGAUCUCUCCAUUAUGGCCAUCGAUUGCGUGCAUCUCAGCCAGAAAGGACACGCCGUGUCGGCGAACGGGCUGUGGAACAACAUGCUCGAGUCGCCACGCCACAAGACUACCGUGCUGAGGGAGCUGUUCGAGGACUUCAAGUGCCCAACGUCCCAGAACCCGUACGUCAGGACGUACUAUAACAGCUGA